AUGACAGAUGCUCUUGGUGUUCUUGGUUUAUCUUGCCUUCAAAAGAUAACUGCAGCUCACAGAAUACUUGCAUAUGGUAUUCCUGCAGAUCUUACUGAUGAAUAUCUUCGAAUUGGAGAAACCAUUGCGAUAGAAAGUCUUAGAGCUUUCGUCAAAGCAAUCGUAGAAGUUUUUGGUGAUUGGUAUCUAAGGGCACCAAACGAGGCCGAUAUUUGUCGAUUAUUAUCAAUUGGAGAGCAGCGUGGGUUUCCAGGGAUGUUAGGGAGCAUUGACUGUAUGCAUUGGAAAUGGGAGAAAUGCCCAAUUGCAUGGCAUGGGAUGUAUACUGGUCAUUGUCGUGAACCAACUAUAAUUCUAGAGGCGGUGGCUUCACAAGAUCUUUGGAUAUGA